AUGAAAAGUACCCGUUAUGGACACUUUUUCUAUACGUCUUCUUUAUUCUUUCUCAUUUUCCUGACAGCCGUAUGCAUUGCGUUAUCUGCUGCCGACGUUAUUGUUCAAGCGUUAUUUGACCGAACUGAAUCAGGUCCAUUCGAUUUACGCAAUCUUUUUGUCGUUGCUGCAAGCUACGUUGUCCUGAAAGUCUAUUCGCAUAUUCAAGGGCAAUUUGACGAUGUGAAGAAGGUGCGAAAAUCAGCAGAACCUCGGCCUGAGGAUAUCGGUCAUGUAGGCUGGGGCAAGCCAGGUGAUGCACAAUUCGAAGGUGUCGAUUUCAAACGAGUAGUUGCUAGAACACCAAUGUUUAUAGAGCAAGCAGCCAUGAAGAUCAGCUUAGAUUUUGCGCGACCUUCACAUGUUCCUACUCGAAAGUAUAUCCAUUUUUUGAUCCAACGCGGUUUGAUUGAUGGACAAAUAGGCCAAGUCUAUGUGGAUGGAUAUGAACAAGCACGGUUCAGUCGAGUACCCGUAAAUCAGGAUACGUUUCGCGAGAUCAUGACCCAUUUAGCAGUUAUUCUAAAACAUCUCGGUUAUCCACCUCAGAACCCUGCAGCCGCCGCAAGUGGCAGUAGACAAGAAGAUGGCUCGUCAUCAGUUUCGAGCGGAAGCGGAUCUACAUCUCACUAUCACCCACUGCAGCGAAGAAAGUCCUCCGGUGAUCCGCUCUCAUCGGUACAAACGAGUCGGUCCCCGCGUGAUGAUGAUGUCGCAUCACUGGCUCAAUCAAUAGCCACGUGGACUUCUCGAUCUACUUCCAAUACCCACGACGACGAUCAAGAUGAUGGUGAUGACGAAAACCACUAUGAUUAUGAUCAACAUAUUCGCGAAGUAAUCUUUUCACGGCUGAUGAUGGAUCGAUGA